AAAACACCACUCGCUUACUAUUAGUUGCAAGUUAGCCGUGCUGCAAGUCGGUUGUUUUAUGUUGAGUAUAUCACGGUAGUUUAUAUUUCCGCAAAAACAAAAAAAGAAAGAAAGAAAGAAGGGAAACAAGAAAGCAAGCCAUAUGCUCAGACUGCUAUUGGAAUAUUUUACGGUUUAUUAUUUCCCUUUUAGUUUUAUUAGGUCAGCAAAUGCAAACGAGUCUUGAAAAACAAAGCAACUCUUGCUUGAGAAUGCAAGGUGACUAUGCCGGCAAAGUUCACCAAAUGCAAACGCAGACCACUGCAAACAAAGUGCUCGGGUCAAAGUUUAUUUUUUCCGGCACACAGACAAGAAGUUUUUUUUUUUUAGUUUGAUUUUUUUUAUUUUGGAAAGAGCGGGAUCCACAAUGCUCGGUAGAGUUUCCACGUUUCUGCAGAGAUGUUCCCUCCCAGCGUUCCACAGAUGCUGGCUGCACGAUAGCCUGUUCCAAGUCCAUCCCUCUGUGUCAGAGGCACUGGCAGAAAACAAGCCAGUGGUGGCGCUAGAGAGCACCAUCAUUACCCACGGGAUGCCCUAUCCACAGAACCUUAGUACAGCUCAGGAAGUGGAGGCCAUAGUGAGAGCCCAUGGGGCGACGCCCGCCACGGUCGGGGUCCUGCGGGGCCGGGUACACGUGGGCCUGUCCCAGGAGCAGCUCCACUUCCUGUCCUGCAGCCGGGCCUCCCUCAAAGUGUCCCGGCGAGACGUGCCCUACGCCGUCAGCAAGGGCCUCUCCGGAGGCACCACUGUCUCCGGCACCAUGAUCGCGGCUCACAGGGCCUCCAUACCCGUCUUUGUGACCGGGGGCAUCGGAGGAGUGCACCGAGACGGGGAAAACUCGAUGGACGUGAGCGCGGACCUGACGGAGCUCGGCCGCACGCCCGUCGCCGUGGUUUCGGCAGGCGUGAAGUCCAUCCUGGACAUCGGCCGCACCCUGGAGUUCCUGGAGACCCAGGGCGUGUGUGUGGCCACCUUUGGGAAGUCCAGGGACUUUCCCGCCUUUUUUUCUCCUCAGAGUGGGUUCACUUCCCCUUACAACGUGACUGAUGCAGAAGAGGCAGCGGAGCUGAUUGAGGCCAUGUUGACACUGGGACUGCAGAGUGGGGUGCUGCUGGCAGUGCCCAUCCCAGAGGAGCACGCAGCGGCUGGCCAGCUCACCCAGGAAGCCAUCCGCGCCGCAGUGGCAGAGGCCAGUGAAAAGGGUAUCAGAGGGAGAGAUGUGACUCCGUUCAUCCUGCAGAGGGUCAGUGAGCUGACGCAAGGCCAGUCCCUCCAGGCCACCCCAGACAUGGCCCUCAUCCGCAACAACGCGAGGGUGGGCAGUCAGAUCGCACGCGCCCUCUCCGAACUGCGGCGACGCAAGAGGAGCGAGUCCCCGCCCCCCCGCGGGGAAAAGACUCCGCCCCCCCGAAAGGAGAAGACUCCGCCCACGCCCACCAAGGCUGUUGUCAUUGGUGGCAUCAAUGUGGACUUCGUUGCCAAAGGAAAAACAGAAAAGCUAUUGUUUGGCCAGACCAAUCCUGGAAGUGUCUGUCAAGCAUACGGAGGGGUAGGAAGAAAUAUUGCUGACUGCCUUACUCGACUGGGGGAGAGACCCCUGCUCAUUUCGGCUGUGGGGGCCGACUCACAAGGUGACAUCGUCCUGAGUCACUGUGGCCACAUGAACACAUGUGGCAUUGCUAGGAUGCGAGAGCAAAGAACUGCAACUUACUGUGUUGUGAUCACCGGGAGCGGCGAGCUCAGCCUGGGAUUGGGCGACAUGGAUAUUCACCAGCGAAUCACGGCGCAGUAUGUGGCCCAGUUUGAAGAGCAGCUGUCCAGCGCGUCUCUCGUCUGUGUGGACGGGAACAUCCCGGUCGCCACCAUCGACUACGUUUGUUCCCUUUCCAGGAAGCACGCGUUGCCAGUGUGGUACGAGCCCACAGACACAGACAAGGCCUCCAAACCCUUCAUGUCCGACAGCUGGAAGAACCUCAGCUACACCUCACCCAACCUAGCGGAGCUGUGCGCCAUGAACCGGGCGCUGGGCCUGUCCACACCUGCAGUGUUGCCGAGCGACCCGGACGAGGUGCUGGACUGUGCUGCGACUCUCUCUCGCCCCCUCCUGGAGCACCUGCAGUGCGUGGUGGUGACUCUGGGCCCCCUGGGAGUGCUGGUGUGCGGGGAGCACGAGGACGGGAUGGUGCGUCUGGCACCCCGGAGAAAUGGGAGGACCGGCAGGCUGUGUGCCGUCCACUACCCAGCCAUACCCCUGAACCCAGCGGACAUUGUCAACGUUUCGGGAGCUGGAGAUAGCCUGGCCGGUGGCCUGAUGGCGGGGGUCCUGCGGGGGCUACGCACGGACGACAGCGUGCGCCUCGGGCUCCUGGCGGCGCGGCGCUCUCUGGCGUCCCGCCAUCCCGUCGCCCCGUCGCUCAGCAGCGACACCGUCAACCUGGCGAGGGUCCGCUCCCAGGCCUGGCCCCGGCCCAGCUGCCGCUGGAUGGAGGAGCUCGGCCAAUGAGAAGGGCGAGAAUGGCCGGGCUCUGCCCCGUGGACCAAUGAGGAGGCUGGGAUCGGUGCGGUUACUUUGGGCUGCAGCCAAGAUGGGUUUCAGAUGUUUUAAUUAUCUACCUUAAUCCCGUUGUACUAUACAUUAACUCAUUUUUCUAUAUUUUCACAUUUAUACAGUGUGUAGAAAUCAUAUGGAGAUAUGCUAGAUGGAUACACCCAAGCUUGGCAAAGGCUCUGUUUACUGCAUCAAAAACAUUAAAGUUUGCUUCCUAUUUUUAAGUUUCACUGCUGUGAUAAGUAUGCUGUUUUGUAAUCCUGAAUUCCGAUAUUCAAAAACAAAUUCAAUAUACAAUUUUAUCUUGUGCCAUUUUUUACUAUUCAUUCACGUCAGUGUACCUGGGGUGUGGUCUGAGGAAGAAGAUAAUAGAACUCUGAAAAUGCAAUGAAGUAUUGGACUUGAAUUGGUUCAGCUGAUUUUGGGUGAUCACCUUGAAAAAGCUCAUUGUCUAAACUUUACAUGAACUGUCCCCUUAGAAACUGAUCCUGGAUUAGAAUCCACAUUGAGUCCAAAGUGGCUGGAGGUUGGUACAGGGUUGAAAGAAACGGUGAACAAAAACAUUACGUAGCCAAUAAGCAGAAAAAGGCGGGGUGUCGGAGAAGGUUUAUAAGCAGUCUGCACAGUAGCAGUGAAAGUCAUUCGCUUUUUUAUUUUUUCAAAGGCCUUUCAAUGGAUAGCAAAUUAUCUGUGACGGGCUGCUGCUGUGUGAUCCUGCUGGUCUCUGCGCAAAUUCUGCGUGGUGCUGGGUUUGCCGUCGGGGCGAGGGGAACAGGGGUGGUCCAGACGCCGGGGCCGGGGGAUUUCGGCGUUCGGUUUGGCUCGCACUCGCGAGGGGGGCGGCGAGCGGAGCCAGGCCGUCCCGGGCCGGUGGAAGACCCGCAGGACGAGGGCGGUUACUUUAGCAGCGUUCUCGAUCGAGUCGGACCCGAGCCGCCCCGAGGAAGACCCGGCCCCCGAGGAAGACCCGGCCCCCGAGGCACCGGACGCAGGCGCCGGCCGCAGAACAGGGGCAAAGCUCACCGAUAUGGCAAAUUCAACUCCGACACGCACGGCUGCCAUGGCAUCCAGACACGGAGCUGCGCAGCCCCUGCAGACUGCGCAGGCUGCCUGGGGCUCUACACCUGUGACCUCACAAUCAGCACAUGCAAACUGAAGGGAAUCUCCCGGACAACAGAUGUGUUUUCUCAGAGCCUUCGGGACAUCUGAUCCAAGGCAGCAAUCGAUGACCUUUGAAUUUGCUGAGGAGGAUGCAUGCAUUUUUCAUUUGUAGGUUGUCUAUAAUGUUAGUUAUAGAACAACGUGCAUUGCUUUAAAUUUGUCUAAUGAGUCACAACAUAAAGCUUCUGUAUGUAAUUUUGCUUCUUUUUUUCUGUAGGCUGUACAAGACUAUUCAUCUAAAAAAAUGUAAAAUAUGUUCAUGUUUUUUUUUUUCAUGGUUUGAUCGUGUCUGUAGAGUGUAUUUAUCUGUGGCCUUUGAGACAUUUUUCAUUUAUAUAAUUAAUUACUUUUAAAAUAUCUUUUUCUUGCCAUACCAUAAUAUUUGCUCCAGGCUAAUUGCAGGACUUGGAAAACAUAUGAAAUUGAAUGUUUAUAAAGUCUGUGCAGAACAGGUUGUACUGUGGAAGAGUCAAAACACAGAAUCCAAUAUGUUAGUUUUUAAAUGAACUUCCACAAAGCUAUUAUGUGCAUUAAUUAUGUCAAAUGUAUAAAUUACACUGGUAAUGUGUCACACAUUGAGGUUUUAUAUUUUGUAAUAAAUUAGACCGUAAGAUCAUGCCUGCAAAUGAAAGAAACACAGCAAAGAACACAGUAAUUGUGUGGGAAAAUAUUAUGUCCUAUAUUCUCAUUAAAUUAAUUAGAUUGGUGCAUUAAUAUAUUAAUAUAAAACAAUAAUUAUAUGUUAUUAUACAUGAAUAUUAAAUUAUUGAAAGUCCUGCCAUGGAAGUCACAGUCCAGGGAAUGCACAGAGGAUUUUUCACUGUUACUCCGCUGUUUUUGCUUUCACUGUAAAGGUUUGUACACACAGCCGUGAGAGAGAAAAGGAAAUGAAAACAUUGAAACAUUUUCAUACUUUCACUUGUAUGGAACUUCACUGAGCCCUGGAAACUCAGACAAUGAGCAGAGGGAGUAUGGUGGUCUCAAAAUAUACAAUUUUUGGUUAGAGAAAAAGUUUUUUGUGUGGAGUUUCCAAAUGAAGCCGAACACACUGCCUGUGGAGAUUCUCUGUAUAUUUAUUCUUUUUAAAACUGACCUGCAGCGUAAUCUCCACAAACACAAACAUAAAUCACCACAGAACAUAAAUAAAGUUAUAUAAUAAAUAGAUAUAAUAAAGUUUUAUAAUACAGUUCAGUUACUUCUUAUUUUGUCACGGCCACUGAAAUGAAAUAAAAAAUGGAAGCCA